CGCGCGCAGAACUGCAGUCACUCACUCAUUUUCUGGUUAUCUGAGCGGAAGCAAAGAAAAUCAUCGAAAGAGACGAGACGAUUACAAAGCGAUCAAAAGCAUUGAGAGUGUGAAAGUUACGAAUUACACAAGUCUACAACCACUUUUACUGAAGAGUAUUGGUGUUUGUUCACAAGUGUUUUUUGACUGCUUGUCCACUCAACUUUAUCAUGGCCUCAUCCAGGUUGUACCUCCGUAACACCGAGGGCGGAACCGAUGAGAAGAGAGGCGACCAUGAAUUUGGCGAUUGUAGCGAUCGUUUCCCGGGUCUGACCAUCCAUCAGUCACGGGAUUCAUUGCUCUUCGCUGGUGGAAAGUUUGUCAAGGCGUCUCUUAUACAAACUCUGGACGAAAGUCCAAAAGGAUGUUUGACCCUCAGUAACACCGAGGGUCGCAUCAAUAUGAGCAGAGGUGUCAGCGGACCAAAAGUCGGUGGUUGUAGUGAUCGAUUCCCUGAUCUGACCAUCCAUCAGUCACGGGAUUCAUCGCUGUUCCCCGAUGGAAAGUCUAAGACACCUUUUAUUUACACCUUGGACGACAGUCCAAAAGCAUGUUUGACCCUCAACAACACCAAGGGUGGAGUUGUUGAUGGAUUGAAGGUCGGCGUUUGUAGCGAUCGUUUCCCUGAUCUGAACACCUGUCAGUCACGGGAUUCAUCGCUCUUCGCUGAAAGAAAGAUUGUGAGAGAACGUUUUAUAGACACUGUGGACGACAGCCCAAAAGUAGGCAGUGAGGGGAAGGGGGCAAGGAUCCGUGGGCUCUUCAAAAGAGCUUGCAAGGCUGUAGCGCGCCCCUUCCUCAGCUGCCGGAGGAACAAAGUAAAACCUAUUGUUCCUCCACUGAAGCCGGACAAAUCUUCUUCAGGGCUGUCUGUCCAGUAUGCAUCCAGCCCCAAGGACAGUUUGGACUCAGGUUCUUACUGGGUCGGGGAUACAUCAGAUGCAUGUCCGGCUCAAGUGAAAAGUUCAGCCAAAGUUUGGUCUAUGGCUGACCAGACUUCUUACACGGAUUCAUUUGAGGAAACGCAUGUAUUGAAUACAUCGGACAUAGCGUCCGCUUCCUUAGAUGACAGUGCCGAUCACAGGAAAGGCGUUGAAGAACUGAUGAAUGCCCCAUCAGGUUCCAUAGAGACCUUAAGUCUCGAUGCUCACAGUGCCGUGAAGGCAUCUAGUAGAGCUGUGAAGAGAAGAUCUUUAUCAGCUGACAGUAGGUCCAGUGAGAUGACAGAUGAGUCAUUAGAAGCCACAAACCUGGACUUUGAAUAUGGCAUGAAUAUGGCAGAGAUCUGCCCAGAAGAACAAUGUGCCAAAAAGAAAAAGAAGGCAGGAAAGUGGGGGUUCUUAAAGAGAACCUGCAAGGCUAUAGAGCGAACCUUCUUCUCCUGCGGCAGUACCAAAGUGGAGCCUUUUGUGCCUCCACUGCGACCAGACACUUCCCCAUCUUAUCAAGAAAGUCUUGAUGAUGAUGUGGAGACUUACUAUAACUUGGGGAAUAUUUUGGGUGAAGGUUGCUUUGGAAGUGUCUGUGAGGCCACACGUAUAUCUGAUGGCCAACAGGUCGCCAUCAAACUCAUACCUAAGUAUGGCGAUGAGCGUACUCUUGCUAUUCCCGGCUAUUCUGAUCCUCUGAUUACAGAAGUGGCACUCAUGAUUAAGAUGAGUGAACCUCCCUUAAGCCCAAAUGUAAUCCAGAUGUUCGAAAGUUUUGAAGACGAUGAGAAAAUAGCAAUUGUUAUGGAGUACCCCCAGCCCUGCAUAACCUUAGAGGAUUACAUAACAGACAAUGAGAUGUUAUGUGAAGAAAUGGCGCGUAUAGUAAUGCAUAAAUUGGUGAAGGCAGUAAUAGACUGCAUUGACCACGGUGUCGUUCAUACUGACAUCCAUCCUGGUAACAUCCUGAUCAACACCAGCACUUUAGACAUGAAGUUAAUUGACUUCAGUUGUGGUCAGCUGUUUACCAGUGAUGCCUAUGACAGUAGUCAGUAUGUAGGAAAACAAGAGUACUGCCCACCCGAGGUCACAGAGAUGAACAGAUUUCAUGCCAUCUCUGCCAACGUCUGGUCUCUUGGUUUGGUCCUCUUUGAAAUGGUCAACGGAUGUUUGCCGUAUUCAGAGUCGGAGGAAGUCCUGUUUGUGAAUCCUGACUUAUCAAUAGGGUUGGAUCUAAAAGUGCUGGACACUACACAGGACUGAGCAAACCAGACCAGACCUCACAUUGUUAAUAAUAAGAAUAACAAGUUUAUUAAGGCUUAUGAUGAUAUUAUACUGAA